GCGAGUCAUGGGGUGGGUCACGCUCGCCACCGCGCUGUCGCGCAAGAUGGGCUACAAGACGUCCAAGUUCGUGAAGAUCAUAGAUUGGAGACUGGCGCUUCUGAACGUCGCGCUGCAAGCCGUCAUCGUGUUUUACGUCGUCUAUGCUCUGGUACGCGGGAAGACGUACCUGCGGACCGAAGUCCCGAUCGGUCGAGUGACGAACUGGGGGAACGGGAACGACGACUUUUACACCGCGCAGGUGGACGCCGCCGCCGCCACCGCGGCGACGACCAAGACGUACACCGACGGGAAGACGUACCCGGUGCUGCCGUGCGCAAGCGCUGCGUCUGCGACGCUGAAUUCGUCGUACGCGUUCAACUAUGACACUGCUUGGGUGUACGACAACGUCAAGUGCGGUUACUUGACGCCGGAUGAAAUCAUCUCGAAAGAACCGGCGGGAGGUAUGUUCAUCACGACGCACGUGACCGAGACGAUUACUCAUCGCUCCCUGAAACCCUCUGGUAACUGCGUGGCUUAUGGCGGUUUUACGAACGGUGCGGGCAAUGUGGACCCCGUGAGCGUGGCUGGAUCGAACGGCGUUUGCUAUUAUGAGAGCGUAACCGAUUGGUUGACCAUCGGCGCCGAGCACUCGAGCAUCGGGAUUUCUCAUGAGUUUGACACGCUCUCAGGUCUCGCGAAUGCCGCGAAUCCGAAGACGUACGUGCGCCGACCCGGAUCUUCGACGAAUUUGAAAAUUAUCCCAGCCGGUCAGUACAUCUCUCUCAAGCUGAAGGAUAUUCUCGACGUCGCCAACAUCGACCUCGAUAAGACGUACAAAGAUCAAGUGGCGUUCGCCGGCAGAGACCCAUCCGUGUUUUACGGCAAGGGCGGCAGCGCGAGCGUGACCCCCAUGGCCCGUCUCGCUGGUAUGCGCAUCAACGCGAAGCUUCAGUACUACAACUACAACCUGCACACCGCGAGCGCUUCGGACGACAUCUCCGACGGCGAUAGUCCGUAUGCCGUGCUCGAAAUCGAGCCUUCUAUCGAUUGGACGUCCAAGGGCCAGCGCAUCCAGUACCGAUCGACGAUUACCGACCUCGACGAUCCCAUCGACCUGGACGAUGGGAAACCGACAGGGACAUUUAUCAACAUGUACGCUUACGGCGUUUUCAUCGACGUCACCACGAGCGGAAUCAUUGGUUCGGUGAACUACGUGUAUUUGAUCAACGUCCUCGUUUCUGGUCUCGUGCUGUUGAAGGUCGCGGGCUCGAUUUGCGAUAUCGUCGCGAUGUACGGACUCGGUACGCGUUCACUCGUCUACUCCAACCACAUGUUGGAGCCCGCGAGCUUUGAACGCGAAGCCGCAAAGUACGCCAUCCAAGGCGCGAUGGCGGUGAACUCCUUCCGCGCCGCGGACACCAAGCGUAGCGGCGACGGUUUGGACAUUGAAGAAAUCUACGAACUCCUCGUCGAGGCGUUCCACAGCGUCGACGGAAUGUCUGUCGCCGAAAGGGGAUCGGAAAAUUUCGACGCGGACAAGUUCAAAUCGCGUCGUCUCACGCUUGACGAGUGCAGACAAAUGUCCAAAUACAUCAUGCUCACCGCCGAUCGCCACGCGCAAGAGCGCUACGCCAAGGGUUUGCCGCGAAUGUCUUACAGUCAACUCAAGAACGUGAAAAUCGAUUUGGAAGAAUGGGUCGAGUUGACCACUGAAGGUCCGAUGGACAACGACAUGCUGAGGAAGAUCAUCAGGAUGGACAAAGAAGAGCAAGCGCUCGUGAAAAAGAUGCGCGAGUACUUUAACGACGAAGACGGUAACGAAUGAUACUGUGAAACUCAAUAAAUAUGAUACCGUGAAACUCAAUAAAUGAUACCGUGAAACUCAAUAAAUACAGCCAUCCUUCUACAAGUUGAAAUAAUA